CUGAGCGGUGAGGAGAUCACAAAGUGUACGGGCAUCUGUGUUCACAGGACUGCUUUAAACUGACAGUUAACUUUUCAGUCAGAGUUGCCUUUACAAAGUGUUAUGACUAGGGAAGAAGGUUACAGAGAAGAGUUCAGCUAUGACAGAAUGCCAACUUUGGAGCGGGGAAAGCAAGAGAAUGGAAAUUAUAUACCGGAUAUCAAAUCCAGUGACCUUCAGCUAUCAAAGAGGCUGCACCCCUGCUUUAUUUACAGAACGUGGAUCUUUUCUUUGCUGAUGGGUGCUUGCCUCCUUAUUACCUCUGGGUUUUCACUGUAUCUGGGAAAUAUUUUUCCAUCUGAAAUGGAUUAUUUACGUUGCGCAGCAGGUUCAUGUAUUCCUUCAGCAGUUGUGAGCUUUGCUAUAGCAAGGAAUAAAAUUAAUGUGAUACCCAAUUUUCAGAUUCUGUUUGUCUCUACAUUUGCUGUUACAACAACAUGUUUAAUUUGGUUUGGAUGCAAACUUGUCCUGAAUCCGUCAGCUAUAAAUAUAAAUUUCAACUUGAUUCUACUUAUUCUGCUGGAAAUCUUCAUGGCAACUACUGUGAUCAUUUCAGCUAGAUCUACUGAAGACUGCUGUAUGAGAAAGAAAAAUGCCACAUACGAUAGUACCAUUGCUUUGAGUAAUGUCAGCUUUCCUGCCCGAAUUCUGAAGUCAUACUCAGUAAUUGAAGUGAUAAUUGGAAUUUCAUCAGUAUUUGGUGGCAUAAUUGCUUUAAAUAUGGAUGUUCUGGUGUCAGGUCCAUAUCUUUCAGUAACAUUCUUUUGGAUCUUGGUUGCUUGCUUUCCUAGUGCUAUCGCAAGUCAUGUGGCUGCUGAAUAUCCAAGUAAAUGUCUGGUUGAGGUCCUGAUUGCCAUUAGCAGUGUCACAUCCCCACUGUUGUUCACUGCUUCUGGAUACUUAUCCUUCAGUAUCAUGCAAGUUGUUGACAUCUUUAAAAAUUAUCCACCUGCUGUUAAACAGUCUUAUGAUGUACUACUGUUGCUUCUGAUGUUGAUGCUGCUAAUUCAGGCAUGCCUUACUAUCGGAACUGUAAUACAGUGUGUAAAUUACAAGACAAAAAUGAAACUGCAGGAUUCGUCCUGGACAGAAUCGCAGGUUAAAAAACAGGAGUACAGAACUACAGAGGUUUCCAAUAAUACCUUAAAGGAUUUUGACAAAGACAAAGCCUGGAAAGCAGUUGUGGUGCAGAUGGCUCAGUAGUUUGGAUUCUGCAAAUACAGCCACUACAGUACAAUCCAAUGCUAUAAAUCUACUGUUUGAACUAAGGCUUAAAAACUUUCCAGUUUAUAAACAGCAACAUAGUUACAGCAGUAGGAGCCAAUGAAUAACACAAUAAAUAUUGCCUUUCUAAUCAUUUUUGAAAUAUGUUGAUAACAUUUUUAACAAAUCUGUCUUUUCUGUUGGUAUCUGCAUCUUAGUCUUUCUUUUGAAGUUAUCAUUGGGGAAAAAAGUAAUGACUCACACACUGACAGCGAAAUAAAACAUG